CAGAAGCGCUAGUCGCGUGGGUUGUCACCAGGGAACUUUUUGUGUGUUUUCUCUGGAAAUUUGGAUGGUGCGAUAUGUGGCUAAUAUACAGAUCCUACAACUCAUCAUCACCUGCACAGGUGAUUCAACCGCGUGCAUAGCGUAUUGCUCUACAAAUGCAAACAACAGCCUGCGUAUGGGAAUUGUUGGACUUCAGAACAACCCGAUCGAGGCUUCUCAACCAUUCAGAGUGCCGCUAACAGUGACAAAGUGCAACUCCAGCGCGUUACGUAGCACGCACCAACCGGCUCCACGUGCCCACAAGAUGGACUCUCUACGCUUAUUGUCGCCCGAGCUGGCGGAAAAAGCCCGGACGGAACUGAACGAAGUGCCCAGCAGAAUCCCGGAGGAUAUCGCAGUUUUGAAAGCCUGGCUAGCGAAGCAACCCCAUCUAAACCCACGGUGUGACGAUCAGUUUUUGGUAGGUUUUCUACGCGGAUGCAAGUAUAGUUUGGAAAAAACGAAAGAAAAACUGGACACUUACUAUACUGUAAAGUCGGCUAUUCCGGAGUUUUUCGAUAAUCGUGAUCCAGCCGAUGCGAAAAUUCAGGAACAUGCUGCUCUUGGAGUUAAUUUACCUCUUCCGUAUACGAUGGGAGCUGACGGGCCCCGAAUCGUGCUCGUCCGCAUGGGUUCCUAUGAUCCUAGCAAAAACUCCAUUGUCGACAUAAUGAAAGUUUGUUACAUGAUAACUGAUCUCCUAUUAGUGAACGAUGACAUUUCAAUGAUUGCCGGUCACAUGGUAUUGGUCGAUCUCCGAGGGCUGGGUCUAUCCGCGUUGGCUCAGUUCAGCCCAACCCUGAUCAAAAAAAUGACAUCUGUAAUCGAGGGCUUUCCUAUCCGCACCAAAGGAAUUCAUUUCGUAAACCCCUCAUCGGGAUUCGACGCUCUCUAUAGAAUGUUUCAUGGCUUUUUGAGCCAAAAGAUUCAGGAGCGAAUAGCUGUGCAUGACACGUUUGAGGCGUUACAUAAGGUGAUCCCUAAAAAGUAUUUGCCCGAGGAAUACGGAGGUAGUGGCGGAAAGCUGGCAAAUAUCAUCGAAGAUUGCAAGAAUGAACUCGUGGCGUAUCGAGACUUUUUCAUCGAGGAUGCACGCUAUCGGAACGACGAAAGAAAACGACCGGGAAGACCAAAAAACGCAAGCACUCUGUUUGGUGUGGACGGCUCCUUCCGAUCGCUGGACUUCCCACAACUCAUCAUGCCUGAUAUUCGACCGCUCAGCCCUGCGCUUGCACAAAAGGCCAAAGAUGAGCUCAACGAGGUACCAGAACGGCUGGACGAUGACAUCGCGGCAUUGCGUGCAUGGCUUGCCAAGUGUCCGCACAUAAAAUCCCGCACGGACGAUCAAUUUCUGGUAGGUUUCCUGAGAGGCUGCAAGCACAGCCUGGAACGGACCAAGGAAAAACUCGAUCUGUACUAUAGCGUACGAACGGCUUUACCGGAACUUAUGCGAAACCGCGAUCCGUUCGAUGAAAAGACGGCAAUCAUUAUGAGAUUGGGAAGUGCUGUUCCGCUGCCCGAAACGGAAACACCGGAUGGGCCUCGCAUUCUGCUCACGGGUGUAAAUGAUCCCGACAAAUUUACCAUCCAGGAGGUAUUCAAAUUCAAUAGUAUGAUGGGUGAGAUCCUGAUGCGAGAGGACGACAAUCUGGGGGUGGCUGGACAGGUCGGAAUUCUCGAUCUGGCAAACACAACGAUGGCCCAUUUCCUACAGUUUAAUCCCACUUUCGUUAAGAAAAUCACAAUGAUGAGCCAGGAAGCUUCACCAAUGCGCAUGAAAGGAUUUCACUACAUAAACACUCCAACAGGGUUCGAAACUGUGUAUAACAUGUUCAAAGGGUUCUUGAAUGAGAAAAAUCGGUCCCGUCUCCACGUGCACGGAAGCAACAUGGAAUCCUUGUAUAAAUACAUCCCUAAGCGUCUACUUCCGGAAGAAUACGGAGGGGAUGCUGGUCCCAUCCAAGCCCUAGUGGAUGAUUGGGCGAAAAAAAUUGAAAGCUAUCGGGAUUACUACAAGGAAGAGGAGCAGUAUGGUACGGAUGAGAAAAAGAGACCAGGCAAACCGAAAAACGCCGACACUCUGUUCGGAAUUGAUGGUUCUUUCCGGAAGCUGGAAGUGGACUGACGCAAUUGCUGUGAUCAAGUAAUAAUUUGGUAUUAUUAGUAGAAAAUAAAAUUGUGGCUUAAGA